AUGCGCGAGCUGCGCAUCGAGAAGCUCGUGCUCAACAUCUCCGUUGGCGAAUCUGGUGACCGACUCACCCGUGCUGCUAAGGUGCUCGAGCAGCUGAGCGGCCAGACUCCGGUUUACAGCAAGGCCCGCUACACCGUCCGUACCUUCGGCAUCCGUCGUAACGAGAAGAUCGCCGUCCACGUCACCGUCCGGGGCCCCAAGGCGGAGGAAAUCCUGGAGCGCGGUCUCAAGGUCAAGGAAUACGAGCUGCGGAGGAAGAACUUCUCUGAGACCGGCAACUUUGGCUUCGGUAUCAGCGAGCACAUCGAUCUGGGCAUCAAGUACGACCCUGGUAUUGGUAUCUACGGAAUGGACUUCUACUGCUGCAUGACCCGUCCUGGUGGACGUGUUGCCAAGCGCAGGCGUGCGAAGUCCCGCAUUGGUGCCAGCCACCGCAUCACCCGGGAAGAGACGAUCAAAUGGUUCAAGAACCGCUUCGAGGGAAUUGUCCGAUAA